AUUUGUACUGUAGACAAGAGAAAUGUUGAAAAUGUAAGUACAGUUAUUCUUGUUUUAUAUAGCUAUUUAUUAAUGUUUCCUAUAAUUCUGGACCAGUAAGGGAUUUCUUUUACUGGACCUCUAGGCAGAACUGUUUAGAAUUGAUAGAGCUAUCCAGUAUAAAUAGAGUUAGUUUAGUUCAGGUUCCUCCUGUAGUAACACUGGAUCAAAAUGAGAUUAUUCUUUCUGGACCUCUAGGCAGAACAGUUACUGUAGAACUGCUAGAGCUAUCUAGUAUUCUCAGUGCAUAAAUGGACCAAUAUUCAUGUUAAUAGCGGCCCUUACUGUGGAUGUCUCUAAGAACGGUUUAGAAUUAUUAUACCCAGUUAAUAAAGUUAUCCAGUAUAAAACGUUUAGUCAAGUAAACAGAACGAGCUUUUGAUAUGAAAUAUACCUGCAACUUAUAUUGCAAUUACAGUACGUGACACACUGCCCACACAAUAAUCAAGUAUUUCGCGUUAAUUUGAAGAUAUCUGGCUUUGUCUAAGUGCAAUUGUAUCCACGCACAAUAUCCUAUCAACUUAUCUCACCGUUUUAUCUCCAGUAAAAUAUAGCUACAAGAGCGAAAGAAACAAAUUAAUCUUGAGUUGAGCUUAAUUGCCUAGAGCUGUAAGCCCUUAAUUUACGUCUAUACAUUGUCAUUGAGCUUGAAAUAACUGUUGUUAGAAACAUUUAGACCUGGUUGAACGAGAGUUUCCUUGGCGAUUUUAUAGAGAGUUUUGCUGAAAAGGUCCGGAUUUUUCUACUAAACUAUAAACAUUACUGUGAAAACUAAAUGUAUGCUAGAUAUAUAGCUCUGUCAGUUCUAAAGUGUUCUUCCUAGAGGUCCAGUAAGGAUCAUCUCUUAUUGAUCCAGUGUUACUACAGGAAGAAACCUUAAAGUAAACUGACUUUAUUUAAACUGUUCUUCCUAGAGGUCCAGUAAGAAUCAUUUCUUAUUGAUCCAGUGUUACUACAGGAAGCAACCUAAAGACAAAGUAUAAACUAACUUUACUGUAUUUACACUGGAUAAAAAAAUUAGAAGAAAGAAAAUGUUUACAAUUUUCAGAUUGUCUAUUGUUUGUGUUUUGUUAUUAUACUGGAUAGCUCUAUCAGUUCUAAACUCUUCUUCCUAGAAGUCGUCCAGUAAGGAUCAUCUCUUAUUGAUCCAGUGUUACUACAGGAGGAAACUUAAACUAACUUUAUUUAGUAGAAUCAUACUAGUAUAUAUACUAUUGCAAAUGCUGUAAUUUGAUUGGUUACUCUAUUCGCUAUCUAUUCCUCGAUGGGUAGCGAGUAGCAAAACAAUCGUUUUCCUGGCGAAUUUUUUUUGUGACUGAGGCAAAAUUAUAAUCAGAGAACUGUCACAAUAUCACAUCGUAGUGCAUAUGAAAACUUUAUCAAAACUUUUAUUUGUUCAGAUUAUAGCGAGUGUCUACGACAAUUAAAGGACGUGUAUUUCAAGACCGCUAAAUAUACGCCGAGUACAACUGUGUGGGAUUUUCAAGAUCUUCGGAGGAAGUAAAGGUAUGUGUUGUAGUACAUUUGUGUAGAUAGGGCAAGAAGAAGAUUUUCAAGAUGGCGGCGAUUUUUUAAGAUCGUUAAGGCCCGUUUCAGACGUCGUUCAUUUGCCGAAUGCAUUAAAGACAAUAAAUAAUGAGAUAGUUCAGAUGAUUAUCUAUUGUGUUUAAUGCUUUCGGCCACAUGAAAAGAUCGACGUCUGAAACGGGCCUAAUGGCCGUUUUCCACUAGGCAGAAUUUUCCGCGCGGAGCGGAAUUUUUCUUUAUCUUGUGAUUUCUCGGGUGGAACUAAUUAGAAAAGACAGAGAGAAAUUCUGCUCCGCGCGGAAAAUUCCGCCUGGUGGAAAACUGCCUUAAAACGCGAAAGAAUCAACAACCGUACACUUUAACAACCUUACCCUAAUCCUUAACCUUGAAAACUAAAGAAAAUUCUGAGUUUAAUUUUUGAACUAUUUCGAAAACCUCCCUCUCGCCCUUUUAGUCCUUGGCCAUUACCGUUCGAUACGGUGUAAGUAUAUAAAACAAGCUUGUGAUGUAUUACUUUGUCUUGUGAACUGAGAUCCAAAAAAAAUGCUAUAUACGGUACGUUACGAGACGGUUGAAAGUAAUAACUACCUCGUAUAUCUUUUAAAGCUGGUUGCUAUUAAAGUUUCUGUGAUCACAGUAGGAAUUUUGCAUAGGUAAAUUCUAAGUUUUGAAGGAUUUGUUAAUCCUCAUUGUUAAUCCUUCAAAACUUAGAAUUUACCCAUGCAAAAUUCCUACUGUGAUCACAGAAACUUUCAGUGUAAGCCAGCCAGCCUUUAACAUAAAAUAUGGUGAGGCUUAAGUUUUGACCAAAACUAAUCAUUAAGACUAUAGUAUACGAACGAAUUCGGAACUCAAAUUUAUCCUUGUUCUUUUGUCCAAACGGCAAUUCGUAUAACGGUUUGCUGUCUUCGAAUUUGACCGUCCCGUGUAAAUACGGAACAGCAAAAGCGAGUGCACGGUUGAGCAUCCGGUCCGCUCCAAAACACUGAAUACUAAAUGAGUAUAAAACGAGCUCAAAUCGUUGCAUCUCAUUUUGAAUGCAAUGUAAUAAUCUCGUAACCGCAACUCACAAGGCUAAAAGCAUAAUAUUAUCGAAGUAAACGCGCCUCUUGUAUAGUCGAUUUAAUAAUACUGCUUUUUAGCCAUGCCAAUUAUACUGCUAUUUAUUAUUUUUAAUCUUUUCCAGCAGAUGUUUUUCCAUAUUUUGGCCAAAACGGAAGUUGCUCUAUACUUAUUUACAUGAACCGUAACGAAAAUGUAUGGGAUUUUUUGCACAGCAAACGUAUACAGUAACUUUAAGUUGGAAAUGCGAUUUGAUAUGGUCUCUAAAACACUAUGUCUUCAGCCAUUCUCAAAAGGAAUUUGAAUUUUUUGUUGCUGUUUAUACGGAACGAUUAAAUAUCAUUUCAGCUGCAAAGUGAGAACAUCCAUAUUUACGGUAACUAAGGCUCGAUCCAGAACAAAAUGCCAGUCACUUUUCGCCUCUCGGACUUACAUUUGAACUAUCUCGCAAGUCGCGCUCGUGAGGAGCCGAAAUUAUCUGGAGAACUGUUUAUAAAGGAUACGGAACACGGCACACCUAAAUGGCAAAAGCGCUGGACUGUUUUAUACCAGAAUUUUUUAUUUUAUUUCGAGAAUUCAUCUUGUGCCAAACCGGUCGGCAUGAUUUUUUUGGAACACUCCACGACUGAUGUGGUAUCUUUGACGAAAUUGCGAGAUUUAUCUCAUCAGGUAAAUACAGCAAAGAAGUUCGUUCACAAGGGAUGAACUUUGAAUCAGUUUGUCGUUCUUUUUCACACGUAUUAUGAAAUCGAUAGAAUUCAAGUCCAGCCAACCCGAUGAAUUCCCUUGUGCCUGACGAAUGGAGCCGAAUUUGCGUGUGGUUCCGAUGCGGUCUCGUACGUUAGUCGUCGUAGUUGUGUUUAUGUAUAUAUAUUUUGUCUUUUUAGUUUCCUGUUGUCGUGCUAUAUUUACGAAUAAAUUUAUGAUUGCAAGCUGUAUUUUAGCCGCGCUUAAAAGCCUUAAUUUCGAGAAAUAAAUUUUGAAAUUAGGAGUUAUGUUUUACGAUAACGGUGAAAAGUGUUACAUUUUUUUACGGUAAUAUAAUAAUAUUCAGUUAUAUGUUUUAUUCGAUAUAUAUAGAUUGGAAAACCUUUCUAAUUAUGCAUCGUUUGUCUAGUUUAAAUAAGUACACAAGCGCCGUAGAUAAGCCGCGUAUUAAAAUCAAACCAUGAUCCAUGCUUUUAUUUCAAGCGGUUUUUAAGUUUCGUAAAUUGCCGGCUAUCACAGUAUCGGCGAAUUUUUUUGGGGGAGAUUCGAAUCUGAGAUAUUUUUGUAAUAUGUGGAGGCGUAUGAGGGUUUUCACUAUUUUUAGUCGACCUUUAUGACUUUUGCCCCGUAGCCAAGUGCAAGCGAAAUGAGCAAAAUUAUAUUAUGUCCCUACAUACAGUAUUAUUAUAGUUUCGUUUUCCAUUUUGUUUUCGCGAGAUCGGACUGAUAUGUGGAAACGUUUGUGUAUACAGAAGGCGAAAUCGUUCAUAUUUGAAUACUGUAGUCUGGACCGAAUUGGCCGUAAUUUUAUAUUUUGAUAACUCCUGUUCUGUAGGCUAUUAAAAGCCUCUUGAAUCAAACCUCCUACGACCUGUUAGAAGCCAGCUGCAUCACCCAGUCCUAUGGUGAAAGCAACGCUUUUGUCAUUCAAUAAAAUAUCUAUAAUUGUAUAUUAAAGCUUUUAAGCUCAAUUUUCCCCGAUAUGGCACUGCAUAUUAGCCUGUUCCAUUUGCAUGCAUAAUGCGAAGAGCAGCUCAUGGAGGGAUGCCGUCCCUGGAAUAUUUAGACUCCUAAACGAAUACUCAAAAUAUUGUAGUAUAGAUCGAUCGCGCUGUGCCAGUGAUUCGUUCGUGUUGAAUUUACACAAAAAAAGGUGAAUCAUAUCACGGAUGAUACGUUUUGCCGGAUUAAGUGUCUCUAGUUGAAAAGCGCCAACAUUAAGGCAAUAAAAGUGCUUCCAUGUUUUAAAUUUUGUGUUCGCUUUUCCUAGCAUACGUUUUACAUUGCAAUUCCGGAGGAUAGUGAGCAACAGAAGUAUUAUCUUCGAGCGAAUUCUGAAGAUGAGUGUAACACGUGGGUGAAGACUUUGCGAGGUAGCAGGUAAUAAAGUGAAAUAAUCUUUUCGUAGAAUUGAUUGAAGGAACGAAGAUGAGGGAGGGAGGGAGGGAGGAAGAAGGGAGGGAAAGAAGGAGGAUAGGAGGGAGGAAGAAAGGUGGGAGGCGAGAGGGAAGGAAGGAGGAAGGGAGGGAGAGGGGGAGGACGGAGGAAGAAAGGUGGGAGGCGAGAGAGAGAGAAGGAGGAAGGGAGGGAGAGGGGAAGGACGGAGGAAGAAAGGUGGGAGGCGAGAGGGAGAGAAGGAGGAAGGGAGGGAAAGGGGGAGGAGGCAGGAGCGAAAGAGGAAGGGAGGGAGAGGGGAAGGAGGCGGGAGAGACAGAGGAAGGGAGGGAGAGGGGAAGGAGGCGGGAGAGAAGGCAGAAAGGAAGUUGGAGGAAUGGAGGAAGGAAGGAGGGAGAUGGAAGAAAGAGGGAGGAACGAAGGGAGGGUGGGUGUAAGGAAGAAGGGAGGGAAAGAGAGAGGAAAGGAGGGAGGAAGAAAGGUGGGAGGCGAAAGGGAGAGAACGAGGAAGGGAGGGAGAGGGGAAGGAGGCGGAAGAGAAGGAGGCAGGAAGGAAGAUGAAGAAAGAGAGGGAGGAAGGAAGGGGGGAGGGAAGGAGAAAAAGGAGUAAGAAAAGAAUACGAGUAAGGGAGGAAACAUUGAUGAAGAAGGGAACAAGGUAUGGGAGAAAGACGAAACAUUGUAGGAAGAGUGAAUCGUGGCAAAGAGAAGAGAUAAAUGAAAUAAAUGGUUUUCCUUUCAUCUCGUAGUUACUUUUCACUCGAGUUGGAAAACAAGGAACUGGAGGCGAAAUAUCAUCUCUCCACUCAAAUCCUUCAAGCAGAGCAAGCUGCUAAAGAACAGUUGAUGAAUCAAUGUGUGGAAUAUGAUCAACGCAUUCAGUCUCUGGAGAAUGAGGUUAAUCCCCCAUGAUGCUUACCAAAUAAAUAUUCUUUCAUAUUUCUCCUAACCUGAAUUAUUACUCUAUCACAUAUCAAAAUCGUUUUAGAGUUGAAAUUAUCAAUUUCCGACAUGAAAAUAACUUCUUAAGGGCAACCAAAUUAAGGGCCUAAAGGAUGUAUUAAUUCGGCAGCUGUUUAUGAUUAAGCUCUGGAGUUUCUGUAUUUUUAACUGUGCCUAAAAUAGUCUGUAUCUGUAAUUGUUUUCACCAGUUGGCGAGCUUGAACCGUCAAGAUCAAAGCAAGCAAGAAGAGAGUCAGGAAGACGAUGAGAUGGAAAGUGAUGAUAUUAAAAAAAUAAAAAAGGUUUGAGAAAUAGUCUUUCUAACAAUCAUGGCCAACAGGAACUGCCUAAACUGUUGUGGUUUCCUGGCCAUCACGCUUGCCUUUCAAACUUUCAAGCUGGGAGACUCAGGUUCAAUCCGCUACCUUUACGUUGACAUCAGUAAAUGAUUAGACUUUCGCGUCCUCUCGGCAAGGCAUGAGAAAGUCCGCCAGCAUCAUGCUGCCAGGAAAUUUUUUUAGUCUCACAGGAAAUUUUUAAGGAAAAGCAAGAUAUCAAGAAUGAAGCUCGAGGAGAAAUUUCAAAAAUCAGCAUUAAAGUAACAAACAUCACAAUUAGAGCAUAAAUACAACAAUCAUAACAUAAAAAUUUGUAUCAUGUGGCUAUCUAUCAAUUGGGCAUAGCCUGUUGGUAAAUCCGCUCCCCAAUGAGUGAGAAGCUCAAUAAACUGUCUCAUCAACUCUUAACGAGAUAAUUGUAUGUAGGUGCAAAGCUUGGUACGAGCCUGGUUAUGCAGACGUCGUUGGCAUUCCGUGGUUCAAGGCUACAUCGAGUCAGGGCAUGCCUCCAGUAUCCGACAGAGAAACCAAGUUAUCUUUCAUUUCGUCCGCGAGGAGGAAGAAUAUGUGAAUGAUUUAUCAACUUUGGUCACUUCGUUUCUACGUCCUUUCCGAAUGGCUGCAAGUGCUAAGAAACCACCCACUUCACACGAAGAGGUUAAUUCCAUCUUUUUAAACUGGUAAGGAAAUUAUGUCUGUGAUGUUACUUUGAGCGUGCAUCCCCACCGGGCAAGCUGAAAAGUUGACUAGUACACCAAAGGUCGCGGGUUCGAUUCCCACCGUGGUCAAGCAAACUUUUCAGCUUGCCCAGUGUGGAUGCACACGCAGAGUAACAUUACAAACAUCAUAUUCACCUGAGUACAUAACACCAAUACACACAGAAAUCAUGGCAAGGAAAUGUAAGAUUAUAUAUAUCAUAAACAUGAAGCACUGAUUUGAAGCACCAAAAACUCUGUCGGGAAACGCAUCGCUAGCCAAGUUUUUAACAUACUUUGAGGCGUUUUUAAAUCGCUAAAAUAAAAUAGAUAUAACUUCUCAAACAAAUCGGUAUGUAAAGGAAACUCAAAGUGAAAGUUAACGUUUGUUUCCGUGGCAUCAAGUCGACGAUACGGUGUUGUGUUUUUUGCUCAUCGAUGUGUAAUACUUUAAGAAACGUUUAUGAAAACAAUGAGGACGUUAAACUAAUGAUGUUAUUUCGUUUUAGUGAAAUCAUAUUAUUUCUUCAUCAAAUAUUUUUGAAAGGACUUCACACAAGAAUGGAGGAUUGGCCCACACUAAUUCUGGGUAAAUAAAUCUUUCUUCAAACAUAACUAACAUUGUGAAGUAAAGUUUGUUUCUCAAGCUUUGUAUUCAGACAAUAUCUGAGAUACGUUCCCUGUUUGUGUUUGGUGUUGGUAUUGGUAUUGUACUAGACUUAGUAUAUGAACACGUGUCUGUUGAGAUAGUCUGAUUAACACAUUGAGCUCCCUUCCCUUGACGAGUAUGAACGGGUACUUUGAUUCCGCAGUGUACAUGUAGAAAGAAUCGAUUUAAUGUUGACACUGCUAAGUUUUAUAUCUUUUUCAUCUCAGGUGAUCUUUUUCGUAUUCUACUUCCAAUGUAUGGGAUUUACCAAGAGUACGUUCGAAAUCAUCACUAUAGUCUGCAGGUAAAGUGCUCUGGACGUUCUGUAUUCAUAAUUUUGCUCGAGAAACCAUAUUCACUGGGGGCUUCGGUGACGUCAUCGUCAUAGCAAGCACCAUUCACCUCUGAGAUUGUGGGCCCGAUCCUCACAUCGGACUGUUGACACUUAUGUGAAAAGAGUUAGUCAACAGUCUAUCGAAAGUCGUGGGUUUUUCCGGGUACUUCAGUUCCUCCCACAGCGAAUGUUGACAGGGUGGGUUGGGAUUAGCCCCCCCCCCCCCUAACUGACCCUUCCACCUUAGCUGUGUUUCGUCAUCAGACACGAGUCAUGAGUCACUCCUUAAGCCAUGAGUACGUCAUGAGUCACUCCUUAAGAAAGCUUUCGACUCGAUCAGGUUGAGCUACUUCCUUCGCAAUUCGUCUUAGCUCUCAGCUGCAAGUAAGGAUGAUUAGCACACCCCCACUCACCAAAGUACGUCAUAAAGUCUGAUGCAUUGCAAUGGGUUGGUCUGUUCUUUUACAGAUGCUUGCCGAAUGCAAAAAACACUCGCCAAGUUUCAACCGUCUUUUGAUAAUCCACGAAGAAAAGCCUGUGUGUGCCAACAGAAGCUUGGAGACGUUUUUAACACUACCUAUGCACAGAGUACCGGGUUAUAUCAUCACACUUCACAGACUGUUGGCAUUCACCCCUCCUGAUCACGUAGAUAGAAAAUCUUUGGAGCAUGCGCGAGGCGUGCUGGAAGAAUUAUCCUCGGUGGGUCACUGCUGAUGAAUUUAUUAAUUCAUUGAAUGUUGAUGAUCCUUACUGGACCUUUAGGAAGAACAGUUUAGAACUGAUAGAACUAUCCAGUAUAAAUAAAGUUAGUUUAGUUUAGGUUUCUUCCUGUAGUAACACUGGAUCAAAAAGAGAUGAUCCUUACUAGACCUCUAGGGAGAACAGUUUAGAACUGAUAGAACUAUCCAGUAUAAAUAAAGUUACUUUAGUUUAGGUUUCCUCCAGUUGUAACACUGGAUCAAUAAGAGAUAACUCUUACUGGACCUCUAGGAAGAACAGUUUAGAAAUGAUAGAGCUGCCCAGUAUAAAUAAAGUUAGUUUAGUUUACGUUUCCUUCUGUAGUAACACUGGAUUAAUAAGAGAUGAUCCUUAUUGAACCUCUAGGAAGAACAGUUUAGAACUGAUAGAGCUAUCCAGUAUAAAUAAAGUUAGUUUAGUUUAGGUUUCCUUCUGUAGUAACAUUGGAUCAAUAAGAGAUGAUCCUUACUGGACCUCUAGGAAGAACUGUUUAGAACUGAUAAGAAAUUGUCCAGUAUAAAGGAAGUUAGUUUAGGCUCCUUCAGUAUAGUAGUACAAGUACCGGACUUUUAGGAAGAGCAAUUAAGAACAGCCAUACAGUAUAAAUAAAAAGUUAGACGAAGUUUAGUUUGAAUGAACUGACAUGACUUGUAAUUCAAACUAUAGUUGAUGCAUGAUGAAGUGAGUGAAACGGAGAAUAUCCGGAAGAAUUUAUCCAUUGAAAGACAGAUCGCGGGUGGUUGUGAAGAAUUGCUAGAUGUCAGACAAGUCUUUAUACGUCAAGGUUUGUGUUUAAAUUUUGUGUCAAUCAAGGCCGUCGAGAGGUUGCGCGGGGCCCGGGGGAAAACCUUCCCACGGAGUCCUAUGACGUCAUAUGAUCAAGUACUAACGUAGCUACAAGAUCGCUUAACUGAGAAUAUAAAUCCUAUCAAGACAUUUUAAGCGCUUUCGUUGCUUUGUGGAUAUGAAUACGAUAAUACGAAUUAAUAUUCCUUAUACUACUCGCAAGGCAACGUUUUUGCUUUUUAUACAAGUUGCACUGAGCAAACGUUGUCUCGUAUAAUGUCGUGUUAACUUAUUGCAUCGAAUCGUAUACAAGUAGCCUGCGUAGCCGGCGGUUUUAAGGGUUGGGGUUGAGGCGCGGGCAACGAAAAUUAGGGAGGCGAGGCGCGGCAUUUUCCCCUUCCCCCGCCUUCCUAAUUUCCGUUGCCCGCGCCUCAACCCCAACCCUUAAAACCGCCGGCUAUACGCAGGCUAUAUACAAGCGAUUUCCUUUUUUCUUGCAACGUUUUAAAACUUACAUUGAAAAUACUAUAAUUAAAAGUAUAAUUUAAAAUUAAAUGAUUAAGUCACAGAACAGUUAUCCUUGGGAGUUGAUAGUUGAAUGUUGGGACGCCCAGCAGAGAGUAUAAUUAUGUAACGACAAAACUUGGUUAGCGGGAAUAUUUCUCCAACUGGGCAUCACGUGUUGACACUGCAUGUGCAAUGUGUACACAACGCUGGGAUUCUUUGCUAUUGCAUUUCUAAGCGUAUUUUGCAUCAGAUAAACACUUGUUCUAGUUCUAGCAAAUACUUUCCUCACCUUGACCUGUCAUGUGCUCAAAUCCUCGUGAUUUAGUCAUGAUUAAAAGCUUGAUACAGCAAACAGUCAACAAACAAAGCACUUGUAAGUUGGCAAUCUAAAAUGCUAAACACACUUUCAUAUUGCGUGGGCUGAAUUCGCAAUUUAUAACUCUAUUUUUGCAUUAAUUCCGGCUAUUCCCCCGCAAUAUUCUAAAACAUAUAACAUAAUUUUGUACAGCCUUAUAAACCUAUAAACUUGUUGACUGAAAAGCAAUGAAAAAUAUCAUUAAUAUUUCAUGAUAAACCUAUCUUUAAUAAUGACAACAUAUAUUCAUUUACUUAAAUUACCGUGUUUCCCUUUGUCCAGCUUUGACAAAAAGCAACUAAAACCCAAUAGAAUAUCUAUUGUCUAAGCAUAUAGGCGUGCUAGCAGUCUAGCACACAAUAAUUUAAAGAUUAGGGCAGUAUUAAAAUAAUUUAAACUUGUACAUAUGAAAAGCAAACCCAGCUUAACUCACAGGGCUGAGAUUUACUUCAUGAAUACUUCAACGAGGCUCAUUUUAUCACUUCGCCCCAUCGCUUCGUAUCGGCGUUUGUGGCUAGGCCUCAUCUGGCUUGAUUAAUUUUAAAUGAGCUGCUAAAUCGCGCUGACUCCGAGGUGAAAACGACUUUCUAACACAUUAUUCAUAUAUCUACGUAAACUACAAGAUAUUAUGCGGAUAAAUAACACUCGUAUAACGACCGUUUUGUGGGGGAAAAGUUUUUAUACUGUAUUGUAGUGAGGUAGGGUAAAAUAACUUUAUUUUAGGUUGUUUUUUUACACGAUUUAGCUUAUUAAAUUUUGCAGGAUCAAUUGAUAAGCGUUAAAUUGUGUAUUGACGCUUUUGAAACUGAGCAGGCAUGAUUGCACGGAUCACGCUGUUUGUAUUUUUUACUUGAUUUAUGUAUACGUCCAGCAAUGUUUUCACUUUUUAAUAUAAUAAAGUUGGCUGACAUCUAAAUCAGUGGCAAAUGAGGAAAUUUUCACAAUUUUUUUUCCGCCUGUUUUCCAUAGUUCAACCGUAUUGUAUACCCAAAGGUAGCGUAUUUCUUCGUUUCCUGAACACUAGCUAUAGGAUGGAGUUACAUAGCGACUUUGGCACACAGGUAUAGGUUACAGUACGUUUGAAGUGGAAAACAGGUUAUACUUGUAUGUAGGACUGAAAGCAGAUGAUUGUGAUUUAAACAUUUCCUGUGGCAAAGCUAAUGGAUAUGCGUUGAAACAAUAGGGCCAUUUAUACGAGACAAAAUAAGACGCGACUUACAUAAGACGCGACUUAAAUAAGUGGAGUUAUCGCAUAAAUGGUUCUCUACGGCUUUAUAAGAAUUUACUUGCGAUAGCUAUAAUGUUGUUUCGGUUGUUUUUGUUUUAAUAUGCAAGGCUAAUAAUUUUACGUUGUUUCAUGUUUCGGGCAUGUGUAGUUAGAAUUUUUGUCUAAAAUAUCUUAGUUAAGACGCGACUUAAAUAAGAACAGCUAAAAGUCCUGUUCUUAUGUAAGACGCGUCUUAUCCAAGACGCGUCUUACAUAAGAAUUUUGUGCCUUUUAUACGACAAACUCACGUCUUAUUUAAGUCGCGUCUUAUGUAAGUCGCGUCUUAUUUUGUCUCGUAUAAAUGGCCCUAAUGAGUUUAGCUCACUUGCAUUACGUUCACCAGAUGAUGGGCGCAAUGUUUAAACGUAUAUACACACACGUGUAAAAACGCGCACGUUGUUAUAGAUCUGCAAACAAGUUGUCAACAAGGUUGUUGUCAAGCCGAUAUCAGGAUGUGUUCGCACUGCUUGUUCCCAGUUGCUGGGACAAGUCUGAAACAAAUUAUUAUCGUGAUAUAACGGUAACAGACUUUUGUUGCAAAUUGUUCCAACAAGACUAUCAUAUACAAGCUGUACGCAACAAAUUGCUACGAGCUUGUUGUCAUCAACUCGUUACGUGCGGACGAUUGUUAGACCGAUCUUGGAACAAUUUGUUGCGAGUCUGUUGGCCUCAUCAACCUUGUUAUAAGAUGAUAACGACUUCUUCCAGACUUGUCAUCAACAACUGGGAACAAGCAGUGCGAACACAUCUCAAGCUUACGCGUGUAGCCUUAUAGCAAGGAAAUUUGCACACUGAAGGAGCUUUUUGAGCGAUUUGUAUUCCGAUUUUACUCGCGAUUUACAUCGAUGCAACGGCGGACGAUAGCUCGUAUGUCGUUUUAGGGGUGCAUAAUGCAUGAUGGGACUCCCUAAAGCGUUUGGUUUUUAGGACUAGGUACGAAUUUCAUGACUACAAUUUUGUUAUCCCUGAACCAAACAGCAAUUUUUGGAAAAAAGUCGAAUAUAACGGAGUGUGCAAUUCAACACCAAUUGCAAUCAGGAAUUCAUUUCACUGAAAAAAAUAAUAUGUUAUUAUAUAUAGGCUUUAAUUUUGAUUUUCUUGUAAAUAUUGUAAAUAAUUCAAAACCUUACGGCGCCCGGGAAGAUUGUCUAAUUUGGAUGACAGGCGUACGUGCUUCAUUAUAAAGUUCCCUCAUGUCCGUUUGACAUGUUUGAUGUACUGUUUAAUAAACGAGCAGGGGUGUUUUAAUAAAACACGGAUUGCGAGUUUAUUAAACGCGACUUCAUUAGUAUUCUUUAUAUAAAGAAUAUUGAGCAGGAGGUUUUAUAUAAAUAAUACUGAUGAAUGAAGAGUGUUUUAUGAGUCAUAAAGUGAUGAAGUGAUUUAACGGGCUAAAAAGCUGAUGAAUUGUUAACGAGUGUUUGAAAACGUUAUAUAUUGCGAAUUCUCACCAUUGAGGUAUUAUGAUCAUCUCAUUUGAAUACACAACAAGUUAUUGUGCUCGGCUAAGGUAAAAACACGAGCUAGUGUGAACAAAUGACUUCAUUUUAUGUUUUUGUAACGAAUCUGAAAAAUUCAAUCCAAGUGGAGAUCGAUGGAGUGAUUGCUGAGGGAAAAAAAUCACAACCUUGUCUCAAAUAUUCAUCUUUUUGCAGUCCUGUUUUGUAUAUUUAUUCAACAAUGUCGCCUCCUUGAAAACUCAUUCAAACAAUCAAGACAGCUGUCUUGAUUGUUUGAAGUUGCAUGCAUGUGAUCCCCAUUUAUCACCACUCCAGAAGGUUUAUGGUGAAACCUCCAAUAAUUACUAUAGCUUGUCGCAAGCCGGUAUGUUUCCGUGUAUUCCAAAUGCACUUCAGUAUUAAAUUAGGCAGCAAUCUUUAUAGGAAGUGCAUGCAACUGCUUGAAAAAUAUAAACAAAACUUCGAGUAUAAACGUCCUCAUGAAAUUUGAUCCAAUGGGGCACUUGUCUGAAACGUAUGAUAAAAGACAGAGGUCUCUGUAGAAUUAGCACUUGGAGGCUCGCUGUGGUAAAAAUCUGACCAUAUCCAUUUUUUAGGAAGUUUGAUUCAAGUCCAGGAAAGCCACAAGAAACCGAUAUUGUCAUUUGCUGGGCUAGGGAUUAAGCCUCACGAGAGAAAAGAAUACCUUCGACACUGCUUAUUGUUUUCUGGUUUGUUGUUAAUUGCGACAAGAUCGUCCAAUGGGAAACUACAUCUACACAAGGUGAGGAGUUAUCUGUAUGGCUGUUAAUAUAUUAUUAAGGUUGUAUCUUGAUGUAUAGCAUGGGAUAACCCUUACUGGAUCUUUAGGAAGAACUGAUAGAGCUAUAUCCAGUAUAAAUAAAGUUUGUUUAGUUUAGGUUUCCUCCUGUAGUAACACUGGAUCAAUAAGAGAUAACCCUUAUUGGAUCUCUAUAGGGAGAACAAUUUAGAACUGAUAGAGCUAUCCAGUAUAAAUAAAGUUAGCUUAGUGUAGGUUUCCUCCUAAUGUUAUGACCCCUAGUCCCUUACUGGAUCGGGGUAGAAAGCAGAGGUUGUUUGAAAUCGAUUAGCACUAUAAACCUCUUAACCCCGGGUUAACUUUAAUCGGUUUUUAAACAACCGUGUGCGGUCUGGACUUUUUGAAACGUCUUGAGUGUCUAUUGUUUUGUGUUUUAUUAAAAUACUCUAUGGCAACCGCAAUUUUUCUUUCAUUUCCUCCUGUAGUAACACCGAAGCAAUACUGAACCUUUAGAAAGGACUGCUUAGAAUACAGCAUUCUAAAAUAAAGAUAGUCUUAACAAAAAAUGUAUUUCUUUUAGUCUACUGGAAAGCUUAAUCUUGCAGACGUUUCAGUAAUAGAAAAUCUCUACGAAGAAGGUAUAGUAAAGUAUUUUUUUAAAGCAAUUUGCUCGUUUCACUCGAAACUAUACAACUCUGGAACUAUAUAUAUAUAUAGGAAAUAUAGUCUGAGAAGAAAUUUUUUUGAGCAGAAAAAUAUUUGGAUUCUAUAAAAUAUAUAUAUAUAUAUAUAUCCAUGAAAAAUCAUUCUAUUGCAUACAGGUAGAGAUAUAUAUAAAGUCCAUCUAAAACACAAAGUUUAUACUCCUUAUCUGCGGUGUUCUCUUUGCGCUGCAGUUACAUGCCUGUUACGCGAAACCGACCUAUGUAGGUUUAUCUGUCUGCAAACGUUUAUGACGCGUGUAUAUUUAUUGGCUGCGUCACAUGCAUGGUUUUAAGUUUAUUUGAGUAUGUUUUCUAGACAUUACUAUGGGCGAGUCUAUUUCUGUAUAUUUAUUUUACGCAGCUCAUAUUGCGAUUAAAUACAUAACGUUCAUGAUUGUCGCACUCAGUGACUAAUUACGCGCUGAUAUUACGUUAUUUCUUUACUCGACCAAUAAGAAUGGAGAGAUUUCGUAGUAAAAUCUUAAAUCCUUAGUAGAUAAGGGAUUACUAGCAAAACGUGUGGGCGGGCUGCAAUGGAUUUUCAAGGAUUAUAACCUGAGAUUUUCGUAGAUUUUCAACACUAUUGCCCUAAGUACAGUUUAAGAAAAUACCAUAUAGCUGUUUUGACGAUGUUGUUUAGUCUCGCAUCGAAUGUAAGUUUAUUAUUUGAAAUAUGAAAUUAUUAUGCUUGUUUGCAUGCGAUACUUGUAUACUGGCAGUAACAUGUGUUCUUCAAUCACGAAUUCAUGCACAUACAGUACAUCAUGGAUCAAUUGAUGCCGGUAGCAGGCAUAUGAAUAAAUAGCGACGGCAUCUCGUUCGAUAGGACUAAUAGUAGAUGCGCCUUCUGCAGAUGGAAACGUCGAACGCAAAUCCAUAUACAUGCAUCCAACCAGGAGCAGAUACGAAAAAUGCAACUACAGGCCUCCUGGUUGUGUCCGGGGAAAGUGUAUGGAUUUGCGUUGGAAGGUUCCAUCUGCCCGAGAUACUCCAUAGUUGGUGCUCAGCGGCUGGACUCUGUGGCUCGGUUGGUUGGAGCGUUACACCGGAAUCGUAGGCCGCAGGAUUCUUCAAUCAAGCACAGUACUGCCAACAUAAAGUUCACAAUUGAGCCGGUCGGACUUGAGUCUGUAUGUUCCGCAUCAAAUCAUGCUAAUGCUCUCUGCCAGUUUCUGUAGGGCUUUCAGCAGACGUGGAAAAAUGUUGCCCGGAUCUUGAAUUUGCUUUUCCGAAUGUUCCCCAAAAGUAUACGUACAGUGGAAAAUGUAACCGUGCGUUACGCCAUUGUGUAUGCAACAACAAAUUACAUAAUAACGUUAAGAAUUCAAGCGCUUUCAUUGGUCGAGAGCCAUGACACACAAAACCUUAUCCAAUAGCAUUCCCUUGUUUGUAUAGAUUAUGUACGCGUGAUAUUUGUAAAAUUUCGACAUCAUCGAUAUUCCGUAACUAUGUUUCUUUCAGAUCUGAUCUUCGAUGUUAGUACCCCUACAUCCAAGGCCGACCAGCAUUGUUGGUAUGCAGAUAUGGCAUUGAGGGUUGUCGUUCAUCCUCGUGAUGGGGAGACACCGCUUACCAUAACACUGGUCGCACAGACGGCUCAUGAGAAAGCGGCUUGGCUCAGUGACUUGAAACAAGUGAGUAUCACUAUUACUAUGAUUAAAUUCCUAAUUGGACAUGUAUGGUUGGCUACAUCAUAAUGGCUCGAUUUAUACAAACGUAAAAACGCACAAGUUGUAACAAUGCUGUUCCAACAGCUUGUCAACAGGAUGUGUUCGCACUGCUUGUUCCCAGCUUAUUGACAAGUUGUCAACAGCUUGUUGACCAUUUGCUACAAGGUUGUUGAGCUCAACAGACUUGUUACAAGUUGUUCCAACAACUUUUUAUCGUCCUGCAAUUCAACAAUUUGUCAACAAGUUGUGAGUGACAACCUUGUAACAACUUGAUAAAAUAACAACAUUGUUACAACUUGUUGACAAGCUUGCUGCAAGCCUGUUGCGAACACAUCUUGUUGACAAAUUGUGAGAAUUUUACGUGUGUAUGACUCGCCUUAGCUACAAGAUGCAAAUUGUUUGUAAACUUUUUAAUGUUUUAAUUUUCAGUGUAUUGAAAAUGUGACUUUAAUCGAUAAUAUGCAAGACACAUCAUUGCCUCUGUCUUCACGUCAUUGUUUUGCCAAUGUCAGGUUCGUUACAGUAAAACUACAUUAAAUACUCGCGGUUUAGAGUGAUCAACGACGAUCUAUAGACAGUCAAGGAAAGACGGUUAUACAUUUUACAAAGAAUAUUAUUUUGUAUCUUUGUUCUUUUACGCAGAAAUGAUCCCAGCUUGUACACAGAUGAUGUUGGUAUUAAAUACUCGAAAUGUCUCAAUUCCUGCAGAAUACCACGAGUGAGUAAAGUUUAGGUUUCUUCCUGUAGUAACACUGGAUCAAUACGAGAUCACUUUUACUGGAUAUCUAGGGUGAACGGUUUAGAACUGAUAGUGCUAUCCAGUAAAAAUAGAGUUAAUUUAGUUAAUAGGUUUCCUUCUGUAGUAACACUGGAUCAAUAAGAGAUGAUCGUUACUGGACCUCUAGGAAGAACAGUUUGGAACUGAUAGAGCAAUCCAGUAUACAUAAAGUUAGUUUAGUUUAGGUUUCCUCCUGUAGUAACACUGGAUCAAUAAGAGAUGAUCCUUGCUGGACCUCUAGGAUGUUGUUUAGAACUGAUAGAGCUAUCCAGCAUAAAAAAAUGUGAUUUUAGUUUAGGUUUCCUUCUGUAGUACCACUGGAUCAAUAAGAGAUGAUCCUUACUAGACCUCUAGGGAGAACAGUUUAGAACUGAUAGACCAAUCCAGUAUAAAUAAAGUUAGUUUAGUUUAGGUUUCCUCCUGUAGUAACACUGGAUCAAUAAGAGAUAAUCCUUACUGGACCUCAUAACGUAAUUUCGUUCAAGCUUAAGCCCUCUUCCUUGUUCCUUACAUAUACAUAUUUCUCCCCCUAUAGAUACGUUAUGCAAGUCUAAAACGACUCUUUGAACGUUUACUGGACUUACGAUUUCUAAGCAUUGAAUUUUUAAACACGUUCCUAAUCACAUACCGAAUCUUUACUGAUGCCGACACGAUACUCGAUGUGUUGGAGAAAUUUUAUCAUGAUCGUCAAAGAUCGUAUUCUUUACCUAUGACGAUCGCUGGUGUAGAACACAUUAUUGGCAGUCGGAGAACGAAUUCAUUGAAUGAAAAAUACUCCAAGAAACAGUAUGUCCCAGGUGAGCUGGAAAAGAUGUAACAGAUAAAGCAUGAGCAGCCGUGUUGUAUCAGAUAUACAAACUCGAGUCGAAGGCGAGAGGUAUGUGAUACAACACGGAGGCGAAUGCAUUAUAUAGCUUGUGAAACGUCUCGAUGACAACAUUCGUAUUCUUCAACAAUUUAAAAUAAAUUGAUGAUAUUGGGUGAGAAAAUUGAACUUAAAGUUUAUGUAAAUCAGCUUUAUUUCUGUAUCAAAUAUACAAACUCCUUCACGCUCGUGAUUUCUUUUGUGUUUUCUUCAUGAAUUAUUAAUGCGUUUCACAAUUAUAUUUAGAAUUGCUUUGAACUUAGCUUAAAGCCCCUGUCAAAUUACUAGGAUGAGAGUUGAGAAGCGAGAGUUUGCAUGAGAAUUUUUUCAACUCUCGCGAAGGCUCUGAUCACUGGACUACCACAGAGUCUUCAGUCGAGUUUAUUAAAUUGUCAUUCUUCUUUUUCCCAGUUAAAAACCACAUCACAUUAUGCAACGAGGAAACGAUCGAGGACGAUGAAGAGACACCAGUCCGACCUACUUCACUUCAAAUUCCGACAUCAUGUUACUACCGUCGACACUCUUCCCCCUCCGCCCUGGGGGAGGGUCAUGUAUUCCAAUACCCCACCUCUCUUGAGACCUCUACUACAUGUAGCACUAUAGACUCUGAACUUGAUACAAGCAAUGACUCUGAGGCUUUCUUUUCAAGUAGUUUAAAACGUUCAAGGAAUAGAGUCAAUAGUAGCCCUACCAAACCUCAUGGGGACAAUGAUUAUAGUCUUGGUUCUCCGAAUUGGUCUGCUACGUCGAGGCAAGGAGCCAGUGAAUCUAACCUCGGUUCUCAAACCUGGCUCAGACCGACUCAAUAUAAUAGCGAAGACAACAGUCUGUCACAUGCUCAGUAUACUAGCCACGAUAAAAGCCACUUCGCCGAAGGCAAUACUCAAGUUCUUGAAGGAUCUGAACUGUGGGAAAAGAAAGUCAGACAUGGACUAGAGAAUACAGCUGAAUCUAUACCGGUCAUAACUAUGAACUGUUCAACCACUGAACCUUUGAAUGGAACUUCUGAAAUCUCUGAAAUUGAUGCGAAUAAUAAUACGAGCCCGUUACUGAGCAACACCAGAAUGAAUAGUGAGUCUUAUAGUAACAGCUCAACCCACUCUAAUGGUUUAAACGGCAAUAGUAAGACAAUUCGUAGCAAAGAAGGCCAUAUUAAAGACAAGCGUGUUAACGGGAGCAUCAAAAUUGUAAACCAAAGCAACAUUAAAGAUAAUAGCAUUAAAAAGGGCCAUACUAAAGACCGCAGUAUCAACCACGGUAAUAGUAAAGAGAAAAAACAACCUAAAUCUUCUACGAACAAUUGUGGCUUCUCGCUGGGACUUGAACGCUCUAAGGAACUCCCCGAGAAAAGACCGAACUCUUGUCCUAAAACCGUAGGCAAACACAAACCGGACUAUCUGCAAACAACCCCCCAGGAAAACCCUAGCCCGAAGCACAGUAAGGCUAGAUCUCAGAGCUUACUCGAACGACGCAAGGGGGGGAAGGAAGUGAAAUAUGGACUCUUAAACUCAGGCGAACUCAAACCCAAGCGAAAGUUCUCAUUCCCAAGACCUUUAUCGCCGCGGUUAAAUCCGAGCCCACCCAAACCCCUGGCAAGUCCUGGGGCGGUUGUGACGUCAUCACGGACAUCUAAGAGAAGGACUAGUAUUACUGCUGCCGCUGCUGCUUUCGCAGCCGCCACCGCGGGCGCACCUUGUUCACCUUCCUCACCGUUUACGUCAUCACAUGCAAGGUUUUCAUUUCGUAAGUAUGAGAAAAGUAUUUCAUGAAUUUUUAAUGUAUCUGGUAUACUACCUCUGCAUGAUCUAACCAUUCUUAACUCAGCAGUGAGUUCUGUACAACAUCAGAUCACUUUAAGGUAGCUCACAUUCAAGAACAUGUACUACCUCUGCAUGAUCUAGCCAUGCUUAACUCAGCAGUGAGUUCUGUACAACAUCAGAUCACUUUAGGGUAGCUCACAUUCAAGAACAUGUACUACCUCUGCACGAUCUAACCAUGCUUAACUCAGCAAUGAGUUCUGUACAACAUCAGAUCACUUUAAGGUUGCUCACAUUCAAGAACAUGUACUGCCUCUGCAUGAUCUAACCAUGCUUAACUCAGCAGUGAGUUCUGUAUAACAUCAGAUCACUUUAAGGUAGCUCACAUUCAAGAACAUGUACUACCUCUGCAUGAUCUAACCAUGCUUAACUCAGCAGUGAGUUAUGUACAACAUCAGAUCACUUUAAGGUAGCUCACAUUCAAGAACAUGUACUACCUCUGCAUGAUCUAACCAUGCUUAACUCAGCAGUGAGUUCUGUACAACAUCAGAUCACUUAAGGUAGCUCACAUUCAAGAACAUGUACUACCUCUGCAUGAUCUAACCAUGCUCAACUCAGCAGUAAGUUCUGUACAACAUCAGAUCACUUAAGGUAGCUCACAUUCAAGAACAUGUACUACCUCUGAAUAAUCUAACCAUGCUUAACUCAGCAAUGCGUUCUGUACAGCACCAUAUCACUUUAAGGUAGCUCACAUUCAAGAACAUGUACUACCUCUGUAUGAUCUAACCAUGCUUAACUCAGCAGUGAGUUCUGUACAACAUCAGAUCACUUUAAGGUAGCUCACAUUCAAGAACAUGUACUACCUCUGUAUGAUCUAACCUAUGCUUAACUCAACAGUGAGUUCUGUACAACAUCAGAUCACUUUAAGGUAGCUCACAUUCAAGAACAUGAACUACCUCUGUAUGAUCUAACCAUGCUUAACUCAGCAGUGAGUUUUGUACAACAUCAGAUCACUUUAAGGUAGCUCACAUUCAAGAACAUGAACUACCUCUGUAUGAUCUAACCAUGCUUAACUCAGCAGUGAGUUCUGUACAACAUCAGAUCUCUUUAAGGUAGCUCAUAUUCAAGAACAUGAACUACCUCUGUAUGAUCUAACCAUGCUUAACUCAGCAGUGAGUUCUGUACAACAUCAGAUCACUUUAAGGUAGCCCACGUUCAAGAACAUGUACUACCUCUGUAUGAUCUAACCAUGCUUAACUCAGCAGUGAGUUCUGUACAACAUCAGAUCACUUUAAGGUAGCCCACAUUCAAGAACAUGUACUACCUCUGUAUGAUCUAACCAUGCUUAACUCAGCAGUGAGUUCUGUACAACAUCAGAUCACUUUAAGGUAGCCCACAUUCAAGAACAUGUACUACCUCUGUAUGAUCUAACCAUGCUUAACUCAGCAGUGAGUUCUGUACAACAACAGAUCACUUUAAGGUAGCUCACAUUCAAGAACAUGUACUACCUCUGUAUGAUCUAACCAUGCUUAACUCAGCAGUGAGUUCUGUACAACAUCAGAUCACUUUAAGGUAGCCCACAUUCAAGAACAUGUACUACCUCUGUAUGAUAUAACCAUGUUUAACUCAGUAGUGAGUUCUUACAACAUCAGAUCACUUUAAGGUAGCCCACAUUCAAGAACACGUACCACCUCUUCAUGAUCUAACCAUGUUUAACGCAGCGGUGAGUUUGUACAAUAUCGAAUCAUGUACGUUAAGUAGUGCGCCUAUAUGUUUCUCAAGGUCAAUGCCGAUGACAAUAUGCCGAUGAUAUCGGCCUUCUUUCUAUUCGCUUGUUUACGUGUUUAAAUCACCUUUUCGUUGUACAGUAUUUUGUAAGCGGGGGUCUGUCUGCCAAAUUUUGUCCGGUUCAAUUCGUUUUCUUUUUCGAUUUCAUUCAAAUCAGCCCUAAUCAAUACUCAAUAUGCAGACAAGUUAAUAUUUAGCGCAGUUGAUUAAUUUCUUGGGAAUUUUCGUUUUUCAUUUUCAUUUCGAAACCUAUUUCGGUGCAAAAAUAACACAACACUUCGGACAAUUACGGGGAAGAUUUCGUAUGAAGUGGCUGGACACUCACUAAAUGCAGCAUAUGACAAAUCCACAUUAAGAGGGAAUUUUUUUUGUAUAUUUCGUAAUAUGCGUAAAUUUAAAAGCUAACGAGCAUAAUAUACCACUUGAAGUUAUGACUGCGUUCAACAUUUCUAUUUUACGAUACGUUUCCGGCACUUAAAAAAGCUAGCAGAACAAGUCGGCUCAACUGUUAUUGAGCGAGAGCCUUUAAACAUCGAACUAGAAAAAGCGACAGAGUUCAAACAGGAAACUGGUGUAGAUUUAGAAGAUAUAGACGAUUAAUGCGAGAUUGCUUCGCAAGGUUUCAAUAAGGUUUUAAAGUUAGUCCAUCUAACUUAGCUUUAUAGCGACGCCUAACUAUAAUGUUAACUCAGAUUUU